AUGGCUAAACUUCUACUACCUGACAACCCUGCCUCGAUGGACGGUGGCCUAAUCUGUUCAUUGCUGGAGGUCAAAGAGGCUUGUGGUCUUGAUAAAGAUGAGGCAGACAGGCGCCUUCAGGUUUUUGGCAAGAACGCAUUUCCUGUGGAACCCUCAACACCUUUGUGGAAGCUAGUCGUUGGUCAGUUUGAGGACACGCUUGUGCGCAUCCUACUCCUUGCCGCGUUUGUAAGCUUUUGUAUGGCCGUUCUGGAAGAUAACAGGGUAGACUUUGUGGAGCCAUUUAUUAUUUUGCUGAUUUUGACGCUGAAUGCAAUAGUCGGUAUUUGGCAAGAAGAUCGAGCUGAGAAGGCUAUUGAAUCCUUGAAAGAACUUGCUCCUGAUACAGCUGCUGUUGUUCGUGACGGAGUGACACAGACCAUCCUGGCAGAAAACCUUGUUCCCGGGGAUAUUGUUGAGGUCGCCGUUGGAGAUCGUGUUGCAGCUGAUAUUCGGCUAUUAACGCUGGAAAGCACAGCACUGCGCGUGGAUCAGUCCAUUUUAAACGGCGAGUCGGUGGAAGCCGUGAAGCAGGUGAAGUCAGUUUGUAGCAAGUGGGAUCGGUUUCCCUCGAGCAUGGUGUACCGCGGCACUGCUGUUGUGUAUGGUAAGUCCCGCGGUGUGGUCGUACGCACCGGCACAUCCACUGAAAUGGGCUGCAUCGAGUGUAGUGUGCGCGAGCAGGAGGAAAGAAAGACUCCGCAGCAGUGUAACAGGGAUGAAUUUGGCUCUGAUCUGCUCAAGGACGAGAGGACACAUUCGCCUUAUUGGUGCACGGUGAAUAUAAUACGGCAGUUCAAGACCUCACUCGCAGAGCACGUGAGGAGUCGUGGUGCGAGAUGA